UGAGCGCAUUCAUUCACGAGGCUGGCUGAGGGGGAGGAGCUUUCCUGCCUUUGCUUCACUGCGGCGCGCUUCUUCUUAUGAAUGAAAGCGGCUUGCCCGCUCGUCUGGAGCGGAGGAAGGAGCCCCGGACAGGUUGGAGAUGGCUGGACCCAGAUUUAUUUCCAACAGAACAUCCCACCACUCUUUGCUAUCGAAUUCUGAUUAUACUUGGGAAUAUGAAUAUUAUGAAUACGGGCCAGUUUCCUUUGAAGGCCUCAAGGCUCAUAAGUAUUCGAUUGUGAUUGGGUUUUGGGUUGGCCUUGUUGUCUUCGUCAUUUUUAUGUUCUUUGUACUGACCUUGUUGACCAAGGCGGGAGCACCACACCAAGACACUGCGGACUCUUCUGAGAAAAGGCUCUGCAUGAACAACUUUGUGGCAGACUUUGGAAGGCCUCUCGAUUCUGAUAGGAUCAUUUCUCAGCAGGCUGCUGAGGAAUCCAGGCUGCUUUUUCACUGCUACAUCAAUGAGUAUGAGAACAUGGACCGGGCAAAGCAAUGCCAGAGAGUGCCAGUUAUGGACAGUAACAUCCAUUUUCAGGAAGUAAUUCAGAGCAGUGAGGGACUGGAGGAGGAGCUGAAUAGCCAUGCAAAAUUCAACAUCCCCAACUUUGUGAACACUGACCAGAAUUCUUCCCUGGGUGAAGAUGACCUGCUGAUUUCAGAGCCGCCUAUCAUUUUAGAGAGCACACUGAGUCCAGCCUCCCACCAGAUUAUUGACUGAAGAACAUUGAGCAAGGUAUUCCUUACAUUAAAACAGAACACAUUUCUCCUUUACUUUCUAUCCUCUCUUUCAUUGGUGAAUACAGGACUACAGUUGAAUACGCUCUGGUAACCAGCAUUGGAUAGUUCUAUGUGGUCUUUUAAAGUGUUUGUUGAAGCCAGAGCUUUUUACACUGCUUAUCGUUUUAUUUCAUUUUAUUUCUAGAAGUACAGCACAGCUGUUUAAUAAGGAAGUUAUCCAUGCUGGAAUAUGAUGGGAUGUGGGAGUUGUUGGAUUGUGUACAUGUGAAGCCCCUGAGUGUGUUUGAAAGUCACAAAACUCUUAAGCCUUGCAUUUAAGCAAGCUAAGAACACAACCCUCCAAAAACUCAAUUCAGAGGAAGUCAAUUGUACCUAAGUGUUGAAAUACAGUGGUACCUCGCAAGACGAAUGCCUCGCAAGAUGGAAAACUCGCAAGACGAAAGGGUUUUUU